GGCAAGGAGCUUGAGGUAACUGCAGGGGCUUGUCCUGAUGAGGCCAUGUGACUCAUUGCCCUUUAGUCAGCCACAUCAUUGCGUGAAUUGCUCUCAAGAUAAGUGAAGGCAUAAAUCCUCCUGAGAAAGGUGAGCUACACACCUCAGGUGGAGGAGAAGGCAUCUCGGUUUGUAGUUCCUGGGGUACCUGAAGUUGACAAUCAUGGCAUUUAAUGGCUCCUGGAAGGUGGAGAAGAGUGAGAACUAUGAAAAGUUCAUGGAAAUAAUGGGAAUUAACUUAGUGAAACGAAAGCUGGGAGCCCAUGACAAUCUGAAGCUCACUAUCAAGCAAGAUGGAAACAAGUUCACUAUCAAAGAAUCUAGCACUUUCCGCACUGUAGAGAUCGUGUUCACAUUGGGUGUUGAUUUUGACUACAGCUUGGCUGACGGGACUGAACUUCAUGGUAACUGGAGUAUGAACGGCAAUACGCUUGAAGGCACAUUCAACAGGAAAGACAAUGGGAAGGAACUUAAGGCAUACAGAGAAGUUGUAGGCGACGAACUGGUUCAGACUUACAUCUAUGAAGGAGUUACAGCCAAGAGAAUCUUCAAGAGGGAGUGAAACCAGAUAGAAAAUCGAAGUCAAAACUGUACUACUGUACUCUGUUAAUGGCAGCUGUGCUUUUCCUACCAAGCCAGAGUAAAUGACAUGCAUUCCACAAGUCAGUUAGUCUUAUCAAUAUUAUGUAACUAAAGUGCAAUUAAGGUCUAUUUAUUCCUCUCUCCGCUUAGAUAAACAGCAUUGCUAAGAGCUGGAAAUAUUUGUUUAUUAAACAGGCAAACAAAAAGCA